AGCUGCACAGACAGCAUUAUGGAAGACGUAUGAAUGGUUAAUAGGCCUUAUCAAGCAAACACUGUCCCGAUUUUCCUAUUGAAAGCAGCUUGUCCACAUCAUGACAGUGUCAAAUUGUAAGGAACCAAAGCAAGAGAAGCGCAGCAAAGGGAAGGACAUAACAGUAUGUGGCUACCCGCUUAGCAUAUUCUUCAUCGUGGUAAACGAGUUCUGCGAGAGGUUCUCUUACUAUGGCAUGCGCGCUGUGCUGGUGUUGUACUUCAAAUACUUCCUGCUCUGGGAUGAAGACCUUUCCACCUCCAUCUACCACACCUUUGUGGCUCUGUGCUACCUCACCCCCAUUCUGGGGGCCAUUGUGGCCGACUCCUGGCUGGGGAAGUUCAAGACCAUCAUCUACUUGUCUAUUGUCUAUGCACUCGGCCAGGUCAUCAUGGCUGUCAGUGCCAUCCAUGACAUCACCGACUACAACAAAGAUGGAACGCCUGACAACAUGACCUUUCAUGUUGUGAUGUCAAUGGUUGGCCUCUUCCUCAUCGCUCUUGGCACUGGAGGCAUCAAACCUUGUGUGGCCGCCUUUGGGGGAGAUCAGUUUGGUGAUCACCAGGAAAAGCAGAGACGCACCUUUUUCUCUGUAUUCUACCUGUGCAUCAAUGGGGGGAGUCUCCUGUCAACAAUUAUUACUCCCAUUCUUCGAGCGCAAGAGUGUGGCAUCCAUUCCAAGCAGAGCUGCUAUCCUUUGGCUUUUGGUGUACCUGCUGCACUCAUGGUGGUGGCACUGGUGGUGUUCAUUGUGGGGAGUGGAAUGUACUACAAAGCAGAGCCUCAAGGGAACAUCAUGAUGGAAGUGUGUCAGUGCAUCGGUUUUGCCAUCAAAAACCGCUACAGGCACAGAAGCAGAAGGUUCCCCAAGAGGCAGCACUGGAUGGACUGGGCGGAGGAAAAGUAUCAUAAACUUUUAAUUGCACAAAUAAAAAUGGUGCUGAAGGUUCUCUUCCUGUAUAUUCCGCUUCCAAUGUUCUGGACUCUGUUUGACCAAAAGGGCUCCAGGUGGACUUUGCAGGCCACCACCAUGGAUGGAAACUUUGGGGCGCUCGUUAUACAGCCUGAUCAGAUGCAGACUGUGAACCCUAUUCUGAUCCUGACGCUGGUGCCCAUCAUGGACAGUCUCAUCUACCCUCUCAUCCAAAAAUGUGGCCUGAAUUUUACGCCUUUGAAAAGAAUGACAGUGGGGAUGUUUCUGGCAGCCGUGGCCUUUGUUUGUGCUGCUCUGGUCCAGGUGGAAAUUGACAAAACCCUGCCCACGUUCCCAUCAGCGUAUCAGAGCCAGCUGAAAGUAAUAAACAUGGGCCAGAAUCCUGUCAAAGUCAACCUGAGCAACAACGUCCAGCUGGAGCUGUUGCCGUCUCAGGCCAGUGAGCAGUUCUUCACCUUUGAAGAGGAAGAAAUUAGUGUUUCUGUAGACGGUCCAGGCCAGACCAGGCCGGUCUUCCUAAGCAAGGGGGAGCGACAAACACUUCUGCUUCCCUCAAACCUCACACAGGAGUGGCGGCUGACUAAGGAUUUGAGAGAAAAGCCGCAGCAAGGAAAUAACGCCGUCCGAUUUAUAAACGGGAUGUCCACAGCAGUCAAUGUGUCCGUUCCGGGUGCAGAAUCAAGCUUACUUGAGCCGCUUCAUUAUUCCAACUAUUCUCAGAUAAAAAACGGAAUAGCCACUUGCACUAUACGGACGGCUUCACAGUCAUGUGACUACAGCAGAGAAUUUGGAUUUGGGAGUUCCUAUACUUUUGUUAUCCCCAGCACGUUCACCUUUGGACCGACUUGCCACGAGUCCAUCCGUGCGGUAGAAGACAUCAAGCCCAACUCGGUCCACAUGGCCCUCCAGAUCCCCCAGUACUUCUUCAUAACUGCAGGAGAAGUCAUGUUCUCCGUCACAGGUCUGGAGUUCUCGUACUCACAGGCGCCAAGUAACAUGAAGGCGGUGCUGCAAGCGGGCUGGUUGUUUACCGUUGCCGUCGGCAACUUCAUUGUCCUGAUCGUGGCCGAGCUCGCAAAGAUUCCCAAACGGUGGGCCGAGUACGUGCUGUUCGCCUCCCUGCUGGUGGCUGUGUGUUUCAUCUUCUCCAUCAUGGCCUACUUCUACACCUACAUGGAUCCGGCGGAAAUUGAAGCCCAGUUCAAUGGCGAUGAUGACGAGGACGAUGGACGCGACAAACAGAAGAUGGACGCCAAAAGAGACCGUGUUGAUAGCGGUGACGAGAAACAAACUAAUAUGUGAAAUGUGAAGUCUUUUUUUCUAUGCAAGACCCAGAGGGAAAUCCACCAGAAAUGUGUGCAUGCGUGUACAUGUGUGUGUUGGAUUAUAUUCCACAAUAUUAUCCUCCAGUUCCAGGCAUCCUGCAUAUUAUCAACUUUAUAACUUAUUUCCCAUUUUAUAUAUGUUUUUCACUUUUAUGAAAAGCUGUAAAUGAUGUAAAAAAAACAAAAACAAGAAUAGUUUGUAGUAUGUGAGUUUGUAAUUCUUGUAUUUGUCUGUUAUAUAUAAUAUUACAUGUUCACCUUUC